GCUGUCAAACCCCCUGCUAUGCCAACAUCGCUUACUCUUUCUUCAAAUCGGAGCGCCAGACUUCCAAAAUUGGUACGAUGGACUUUCGCAGUGAUGCACUGCACGCUAUCUUUCAUUAAUAUUAGUCUCGCACGAGUUCGAGUUGUCAUCCAAAUCGUGCCAAUAGUAAUGCUCCGGUAUCUCAUGUCGUUCUUCAAAUCAGAGAGGCAACCGUCCGAGGUGGGGAUUCGCAUCAAGCAUGUGCACAGAGGGACGCAGCUCGCUAUCGCUGCAAGACUCCCUCCAGAGAUCAUUGUGAUGAUCCUUCGCAAGAUACCUCUACCCUGCUUGUUACCAUUAGACUUGUUCUCUUCUACCGUUCUCGCCUCUUCUCCCUGCCAGUCACACAUCUUGGAUGUUGGUCUUGUUUCGGCCCCUCUCGUUUGCGUGUCUUGGCGCGGCCCAGCUACAGAAGUUCUGUACGAACGGAUCAUUCUACAGACAACGAAGCAGUGUGAAAUUCUACAUCGCACCCUUCGGUCCAAUCCCUUAUUUGGAACAUGGGUCAAGGUCCUGCACCUGCCGCACAGCCGAAGAAAAGCGCCAACAGACCUUUCUAUAUCGCGGCCAACGCCGUCAACUGCCACUGAUGAUCGGUUACUACAGCUGUCCGCCGACAUCUUUAAAGCUUGCGACUUGGUCCAGGAAAUCGAUAUCGUAGCUGAGAUUGAUCUUUUCGCGGAUCUGUCGGAGCGCACAUAUCUACGAUCCAUUCGUGUCACCGACGUAAACUCCAUGCUUUGCAGCCCCAGACCAGCCCGAUUUUUUGCUCUGCGAGAACUCACUCUCGAUGGGUUUCACUUUGGUAGUUCACAGACAAAUUCGAGUGCCGACUCCAUCUGGCCUGAGUUUUCGCAGCUCACGAAGCUUCGAUUAGAACGCUGUAUCCUCUUGGACGAGGAUCUAACCCAGAUAUUACCACGGUCAAAUGCAAGGUUGAAAUGUCUUGAAUUAUUUGACACUCGUCACCCCUUCCGAGCGAAUAACUUCGAGCUUCCAAAUUUUCUAGCUGAAUGUCUCGAAGAGCUCUGGAUCGAGGAUUGCUGGCCGUUUUCGUUUGAAUCUUCCUUGCCAUUGUAUCAAUCGUUACGAAGUGUUCAUACCGAUUGGGAUGUUUUUACCAAGGCAGCACCUUUCCUUCCUAUUGGUGUCCGGACCAUAUCCAUUUCCGUGCCCAUCUCCGCAGCAAGCAGCGCCCCAGACUAUGGAAAUUUGGAGGCGUCUUUGCAGUCGAUAUCAAAGGGACUUCCUUCACUCGAGACGGUCACGGUUUUGGGAGACAGCGAGUACCCGUUGCUACAGGACGCGUUGGGCCUGGAGAGGAGUUUAAACCUUGAAGGUGUCAGCCUGAGGGUAGAGUCUGUUCGGCGUGGUCGAGGCGAGCGGGCUUAGCAUCGUCAGUCGCCAUCGUGGCUUUCGUUACUCGAGUCAACGGAGUAUCACACUGGUCAGAUUUUGGAUGCAACGUCUGGAUGUCGUGGCACGGAGCCGGAUUGUGACAAGUAGUUUACUUGUUUGAGCUGGAAUCAGAGUUUGUCGAUCGUUCAGAUUAUUUACCCUCCAUUUGCGACAUCUAGACCUUGGCUGGAUGCAUUAUGUCGUCUCACAUGGCGCCCCA